AGUAACGUAGGCUUCAUGUUCCUGGUCGAGGUUGCUUUAGGGAGAGAAAGCAGCAUCACACAGUGUGACGGCAGCUUAACGAAGGCCCCCAACGGCUAUGAUAGCGUGGUGGCGAGAGGGUCGCGCGAACCAGACCCGAAGAAGAACAAGAAACUGGUCUUCGAAGGGAAGGACGUCAUCGUACCUGUGGGGAAGCCUGUUCCUCAGAAGGAGUGGGCCCAAAGUGGCUUCUGUCAGAGCGACAAACAUUUAUGGAUGAAGAAACAGUACGGAAGAAUAGCAUACUACGGUUUUGCAGCUAUUGCACAGAUGUUGCAUUGCACGCUGUCACGGAGGUUUUCUCAGCUUUGUACCUAUGGAAUCAGAAGCAAACCAAGCAAUAGAAAACGUGAAAUGCAACAUGGAUUCCAGAAGGAAGCUCUUCACGAGACAGCUUUAUCGAAGAGCAAAGACAAUAACCGAAGCAAUCUACUCUCGGUUAACUGUUUGGAUGUCAAAAUAUCAUGUUCAGAAAUGGAUUUUACUGUCGGGUUUUUGGCUUUCACUUGUGCAGUUUCCAUUGGUAAGAGUGAUGGACAAUUUCUUUCAUUCUACUGUGACUACAUGAAUCUUGCCUACUACACGAGACUACCAACAGUUCUACGAUCUACAUUUGGGGUAUUUCCUUAA